GAGGCAGCUUUGUUUGAGUAGAGGACAGGAGGAGGAAGAUAUGUGAAGGACGGAGACGAACUUUUGCAACAAUGAGGACAAAAUGGAAGCGACACGUUUGCAUCCUUUUACCCAACAAGCAGCACCUGGACUGUGCUGUCAGAGUGAGAGCCAGAGGUCGUGAGGUGCUGAACAGUGUGUUGAAGCAGCUUAGUGUCAGUGAUCUCCAAGUGUUUGGUCUGGCUGUUCUCAGAGACAAUGAAUAUCUCUUUGUUGAUUUGGACCAAAAGCUGAGCAAGUACUUUGGCAAAAGAUGGAACACAGGAUCUAUAAAGGUCCCAUUCAUCUUAUUUCUCAGAGUGCAGUUUUAUUUAGAAGCUGGACAGCUAAUAAUGAGCAGCAAAGAGCAGCAGCUUUACUACGGUGAGCUGAGGCAGAAGGUGCUGCGAUCUCAGAGCCGCCAUCAGGAAGCUUUGCUCUUCCAGCUGGCAGCUUCAGCGCUCCAAGCUGACAUCGGAGAUCUGGAACAGAAAGAUGUGGAAGGAGAAGAGAGAAAACAGAGGCAUUACUUCCUUCCUGAAGAUUACUUCCCCUCUUGGCUGAUAAAACGUAGAGGCAGAGACUUCCUGCUCCAAAACAGUCCGGUGUUGCAUGGUGAGCUAAGAGGAGUGUCACGCAGUCAAGCCAUCCUGCAGUUUAUAAGAGAAGCCAGCAGCCUGCAGGACGGAGCAGUAACCUUCUACAGGAUGAGGCAGGAGAAGAAAGAGCUGAGAAGUUCAAUCCUUCUUGGUGUGGCAGUGAAAGGACUCCACAUUUAUCAGGAAGUGGAAGGGAAGCAGUGCAUGCUGCAUGAUUUUUCCUGGAUCGACAUCGACCGCCUCACUUUCCAGGGCAGCAGGUUUGAAAUCGCUGCAGUGGGCUCUCUGUGCCUCCCUAAGCUGCUGUAUUACACUCAUUCAGCGUUCCACUCCAAACACAUCCUCAGGCACCUCACCGACAGCCACCGACUCCACAUCAGCACCAGAGAUGCAGUCAGCUACAUCCAGCAGCUGGAAGACAUGAAGGCCAGUCAGCUCUACAACGAGGCCUACAUCUGUGAUGCAGCAAGUUUAAAACAGAGACUUCACUGCAGCAACCUCGCUUCAUCCAUGUCUGACUGCAGUGUUGCAAUGGAAGCAGCUACCUGUAGCAGUUUCAGUGUUGCAGUAGAAGCAGAUACAGACUGGACCGAAGAAGAGGAAGAAGACUCUCUAUCAGAGGCUGAGCUGCGGUUGGACGAACCGGAGGAGGUUUUUGUUGACGACCCAGCAGAGGUGUCCUGGCUGGGUGAGCUGCUCCAUGGCAUCUCUGUGGAUGAACCUCCGGUGUUAAACUCCUCUGACUGGGCAGCUGUCACCAUGGAAAUGAAACAGGUUCUGUGGAGGAGAGCUGAUGAAGGGGCGUCUGUGGACUAAUUCACAGCCAGAGGCGACACGGAUUCAUUAGAUGUUCUGCAGCUCAGGAUGAGAAGACACCUGAUGUUUGCCAACCUAAUGCUUCAGUAGCAGUUAAGUUAGGAGUAACACACCUCAACUGAUUCUUUAUCUGACACAUAAUCACAAUUAUUUUCAGUGCAACAUUAAUUCACAAGUAAUAUCCAUUGGAGCUAAAAAAAAUUGAGGAAUAAAUAAAUUUAUUUUUGUCUUUAACUCGUUCCACUGACAAAAUCAGAUUUCAUAUGUAUAUACUCGAAGGCUAAUAUAUGUAUUGUGGGUUUGUUUUGGGUUUUAUUUACUGUUACUUCACUGUCAAAAGGGGUUCCAUGGUGUAAUGGUUAGCACUCUGGACUUUGACUCCAGUAAUCUGAGUUCAAAUCUCGGUGGAACCUGACUUUAGAGCACACACAAAGAAUGCAUCCAGCAUAUCUCAGUGAAAUGUGGGCUCUCACUGUAACACUGCAUAGUGAGUGCCUCUUUGCCAUAUAAUGGUGUGAUAGUGCCUUCAUGUAUGUGUCCUUAAAAAGCAGUGAUCUUGCCACUGGACGACCUUAUAAUCACUUAAUUUGAACUGUCUUCCUUUUGUAAUUAUUUGAAUGAACUGUUUUUAUGUGUACGUGUUUCAAAUAAAUGAAUAAAUGGACAACCAAAUGACGGCAAAUACAAAAUGGCAAGUGUGUCCAACCAUGUUAUACUGCUGUAAAUAUAACUACUCAUGGUGAUGAAAAAUCACUACACAGAUUGAGUUUUUUUGCAGCAGAAAGCAGCAGGCGUAGGGUUCCAUGGUGUAAUGGUUAACACUCUGGACUCUGAAUCCUGUGAUCUGAGUUCAAAUCUCGGUGGAACCUGACUUUAUAGCAGACAUAAAGAAUACAUGCAGUAAAAUAAUGUGCUCACCAAUACAAUACAAUAAUGUACUCUUCCAAAAGGAGCAAUAAUUUCAUGACCUGUUCCACAGCUUCUCAAUUUGAUCUUCCUUCUUGAGUUUUGGCACAAAUCUGAAAAUCUUGAUUUUUAGUGAACUGUUUUUAUGUGAACACAUUUCAAAUAAAUGGACAACCAAAUGACGGUGAACACAAAAUGGCAAGUGUGUGUCCGACCAUAUUAUUCUACUGUGCACAUAACUACUCAUGGUGGUGGAUUAUUAUUUUGCACCAAAUUCGUACAGGUAUGUGGUUCCAUGGUGUAAUGGUUAGCACUCUGGACUCUGAAUCCAGCAAUCCGAGUUCAAGUCUUGGUGGAACCUGUCUUUAGAAAGACAUAAAGGGUACAUGCACUAAAAUUGUGUACUCUCCAAUACACUAUGUUGUUAGUUUGCAUUCUGUUGUGUGAUAGUAUUGUCAUGUUCUCUUUCAAAAGAAAUUUCGGGAUCCCUUCUACAACUUCAGAAUUUGAUCUGCCCUCCUGAGCUUUGCCACAAAUCUUAAUUUCAGUGAACUGUUUUUAUGUGAACACAUUUCAAGUAAAUGGACAACGAAAUGACAGUGAACACAAAGUGGCAAGUGUGUGUCCUAUUAUAUGAUUCGUGAACAUGACAACUCAUGGUGUUGUAAUUUUUUUUUUUGCAGCAGCAGCAGCAGGAAAACCGUACAGGUAUGGGGUUCCAUGGUGUAAUGGUUAGCACUCUGGACUCUGAAUCCAGUAAUCCGAGUUCAGAUCUUGGUGGAACCUGACUUUAUAGCAGACACAAAGAAUACAUCCAGCAUAUUUCAGUAGAACUUGGGCUCUCAUUGUAACAUGACACAGUGAGUGCCUCUUUGCCAUAUAAUGGUGUGAUCGUGUCUUCAUGUAUGCUUCCUCAAAAAGCAGUAAUCUUGCCACUGGAUAACCUUAUAAUCAAUUGAAAUACGUGAAUAAAUGGACAACCAAAUGACAGUGAACACAAAAU